GCACACUCUUUCUCUGUGUGCUUUCUUUUAGAGCAAAAAUAAAUAAAUACAGAAGAACCUUUGGCUGCUACACUGGAUCACUGGACACAAGAUGACGAGAAAUGAACCUUCAGGAUGGGAAUAUUGUUCCCCGAUCCUGUGUGGGAAGACUUUUACUGAAAGAAGAGGAUAUGCUGACACUUUAAAAUCUGCAUGAGAGAAGCUGUGCUAUAAACAAACCUGGCUGAAGAGCCCAGCAGAGUGAGGGGGAGGUGGGUUCAUGUGGGGUGAAUGGGACAGGAGAGUUGGACUCAAAUGUACAGUUCAGGGAUGAACAGUGCCCCAGCGAUGGCACCUCUGUCUCCAGGGCUGAGUGGCAGCCCACCGCUGUCCUCUCUGUCACCCAAGAAGACCACCUUUCAGUCUUUAGGAUCUCUGUCAGCAGGAAUGUUCUCCCCCUCGCUUGGUAAGGGCUCCUCUCAUCAGGCGAAACAGCCCUCGAGUCCCUUGAAAUCACCCACCCUGUCCAUUAUGAGCUCUCCAAAACUAUGGCAGAAAGCAUCCAUCUCCAGACUUGCAGAGGAGUUUUUCUGGAUUGGUGGCAGUGUCGUCGCACAACCGAAAUGGAGACUGGGUCAGAUAGUGGAGAGGUGUAUGUGCACCAUGCAGGCUGGCACUCAGAUGACCAAACUAAAGGGGAAGAAAAAAGGAUUGGUCCGAUUCUUUUACUUGGACGAGCACAAGUCCUGCAUCCGGUGGCGGCCCUCCAGGAAACAUGACAAGGCCAAAUUAACUAUUGAUUCAAUCCAUGAAGUCUGCGAGGGGAAAAGGUCAGAGAUCUUCAGGCGGUACGCAGACAACCGCUUCGACCCAAACUGCUGCUUCAGUAUUUACUACGGGGAGCGUGUGAAGUCCUUGGACCUGGUCUCCACCAACGCAGAGGAGGCCCGCACCUGGAUCACUGGGCUGAAAUACCUCAUGGCUGGUAUCAGUGAUGAAGACAGUUUGGCCCGGAGGCAACGCACCCGUGAUCAAUGGUUACAGCAGACUUUCUCUGAGGCCGACAAAAAUGGAGAUGGCACCUUGAGCAUUGGAGAGGUUCACCAGCUGCUCCACAAACUCAAUGUGAAUUUACCCAAGCAGAAAGUCAGGCAGAUGUUUCAAGAAGCAGACACGGACGAGAACCAGGGCUCUCUGGGCUUUGAAGAAUUCUGUUCGUUCUACAAGAUGAUUUCCACACGCAGAGACCUCUACCUGAUAAUGAUCUCCUACAGCAAUCAGAAAGAAGUCAUGGAUCUUCAGGACCUUGCACGCUUUCUGGAAAAUGAACAGAAGAUGCGAGGUCUUGCCAGAGAGCAUCUAGCUGACAUCGUGGCCAAGUUUGAGCCAUGUCCUGAGAACCUGCAGCGUAUGGUACUGGGUAUUGAUGGUUUUACCAACUUCAUGAGGAGUCCUACAGGUGAUAUCUUCAACCCAGAGCACAAUCAGGUGAACCAGGAUAUGACGCAGCCUUUGAGUAACUACUUCAUUGCCACCUCACACAACACCUACCUGACAGGAGACCAGCUGCUCUCUCAGUCUAGAGUGGAAAUGUAUGCCUAUGUUCUCCAGGCAGGCUGUCGUUGUGUGGAGGUGGACUGCUGGGAUGGGCCUGACGGGGAGCCCAUCAUUCAUCACGGCUACACCUUGACAUCCAAAAUUCUCUUCAAAGACGUUGUUGAAACAAUUAACAAAUAUGCCUUCACAAAAUCACAGUAUCCAGUGAUCUUGUCCAUAGAGAACCACUGCACUGUGCCUCAGCAGAAGAAGAUGGCUGAGUAUCUGAGAGAGGUGCUACAGGACAAACUGGAUCUGUCCAAUGUCAAUAUACAUGAAUGCAAGAAGCUGCCCUCCCCUGAGAUCCUGAAAGGGAAAGUUUUAGUCAAGGGGAAAAAGCUGCCAACAAACAUUGAUCCUGAUGCAGAGGAGGGUGAUGUGUCUGAUGAAGACACUGGUGAUGAGGAAGAAGAGGAAGACGAUGAUGAUGAUGAUAACGCACAGGAAGGGAAUAGUGUUACCUCUGCCAAUCAAACCAAGAAGAAGAGACGAUUUGGUAGAUCGAUCAUAAGGAGCUUCAAACGGAAGAGGAAAAAGAGAAUCAGAGUGAAAAAUCAGACGACGUCUGAUGGCGAGUCAGACCACAGCAGCAGCAGGGAAAGGACACAAAUUGUUUACCAUCCCAAGAAGAGGAAAACAAUGAGGUUGUCCCGAGCUCUGUCUGACCUGGUCAAGUACACAAAGUCAGUCCGCGUGCAUGACAUAGAAACACAAGCAUUUGCAAACAGUUGGCAGGUAUCAUCCCUCAACGAGACUGUUAUGAACCAGAUCUUACAGCUGAAGCCGGGUGAGUUGGUCCGUUUCAACCAGCGCCAACUUCUAAGAGUUUACCCGUCCAACUACAGAGUGGACUCGAGCAACUUCAACCCACAGCCAUACUGGAAUGCAGGAUGCCAUAUGGUUGCAAUGAAUUAUCAAACAGAGGGCCGUAUGCUUGAACUGAACCGAGCCAAGUUCUCAAGCAAUGGAAACUGUGGAUAUAUUCUGAGGCCUAAGUGCAUGUGUAAAGCUGCCUUUAACCCGAUGUUGGAGGAUCCUCUACCAGGACACAGAAAGACUCAGUUAGUGCUGAAGAUCAUCAGUGGACAGCAGCUUCCCAAACCCAAAGACUCAAUGUUUGGGGACAGAGGAGAGAUUAUCGAUCCCUUUGUUGAGGUUGAGAUAAUUGGUAUACCUGUUGAUUGUUCCAAGCAGCAGACCAGGGUGGUGGAUGAUAAUGGUUUCAACCCAAUGUGGGAGGAGACCCUCAUCUUCAACAUUCAAAUGCCGCAGAUCGCUCUGGUGCGUUUCGAAGUGUGGGAUCAUGAUCCUAUUGGACGAGAUUUCAUUGGACAGAGGACUGUUGCUUUCAGAAGUAUGAUGCCAGGUUUUCGGCAUGUGUACCUGGAGGGGAUGGCAGAGUCGUCAAUCUUUGUUCAUGUCGCUAUCAAUGAUAUAACAGGAAAGAUCAAACCCACAAAUGCAGUCCAAGCAGCCAGAAAACAUAUCCAAAAAGCUGCCCAGAAGCAUAUGAAGGGUCAUCAAAAACAGCCUUCUCUAGACUUCUCUGUCCUGUCCUCAGAAGACGGACGUGCGCUGUACUUCCGCAAGGAUCUGGACACCAUCUCUCAAGACAGCAGGAAUGGGGAAAUGUCUCCUCUGGUACAAGGGCCAGCAGCCAAGGCUGCCAUCCACAAAGGGGCCAUGAGUGAGCCAGUGAGGCGAGCUCACAGAGUUAAAAUUCAUGAACCACCAGAGAAAAGGAGAGGGAUCUUCAGCCGGAUGUCCUCCACUGACUCCCACAACAUGGGGGCUGUUCCCUGUGUGAAAGCCGAAAGCUUUGACCUUGAGACCUCUUCCCAAGCUUCUUGUCCUGAUGGUCCUGCGCCUGACAGCCAAAAUACAAUUCAAGAAGAGUUGGAGAAUGAACCUGAUGAAUCACCAGAGUCAAACUGUGCUGAGCAGGAGACAGUUCAGACAUUUGAACCAGAGCAGCCUGAACAAUCUGAGGAAUUACCAACAGAACCAGAGCCAGACAAGGACAUUUCCAUUGAUCCUGAGCAACCACCAGAAACUCUGAGUCAGACUGAUUCCCUCCCUCAGCCUCUGUCAGUGCCACAGACUCUGUUCCAGCCUGAAGCCAAAUUCUAUCCACCCAUCCCUCCAUCGUCCCCUGCCAGGGUGAGACGGACCUUAGAGGCUCCAGCCACCCCCCAACUGUCCACACCAAUACGAACAAAGGCGCGCUCACACAGUUGCCCUCGAAAACAGACUACCUCUCCACAGACGCCGACGGUGAACCGCAAGCCUGCUUUCCACUGGCAGAUACAGCGAGCACAAAACUGCGGCAGCUACAUCAGCCAGGUGAGGCCCAUACCCAAUGGCCUCUGCCUGUCUGACAGCACAUCCAACAGCAGUGACGGCAGCACUGACAGCCUGGAGUUUGUGCCCUCCUGUGUGCCAGCCGGGGCAGAGCAACAUGACGGCACCCUGCAGAGGGAGAUGAAGGCCCUUUUUGACCAGAAGAUGAGAGAGCUCCGCUGUAAAUCGCCGCUUUUUCUAAAUGAUUAGACCACAGUUUAGAUUUGUGACUCCAAAGACAUCAUUCAGAAGAAGAAGAAAAAGAGAAACAACACAAAAAGGAGGUGUGGGAGGAUGAUGAGGGGGACGGAGUCACAAAGCAGUUCUGAUUUUCUUUCUAGAUAAAUGGGAAGACACCAUGCAGAAUUACAAAUUAAUUUUUAUUAUUCUAGGCCUGCUGGAAUGUUUACAAUCCACACAGUUUUUAUGCAUGAAGUAGUUUUUAAAAAGAAAUUGUUGAAAUCAUGCGAUGCCAUUGCCAACUGUACAAAACAUCAUGAUGCAGUCAUGAAAAGUAAUGUAAGUAACUUUAAAGUCCAUGAGCACUAUUUGUUAGUCAAAUUUUCAGUGUAAGCAUUGAUCAUUUUAAUAAUUAUUUUUUAUAAUAUUUAAACUAUAAUGUUUGCUUUUUCAUUGAAAUUGUAGCGUUCGUACUUGAAAAUCAAUAAAUUGAUUAUUUUAAUAAAA